AAAUUGAUGAUGCGGCUGCAUUGGUUCGUCAGUGAAGCAUUUGAUUUGGUCUAAUAAACAUCGGUGAACCGAGUCCGAGGAUAACUGUAAAUAGUUAAAGAAAAAAUCAAAACGUGAGAACCUUAGCCACAUCUAGCCCGGCAGGCAACCUAACCAACGUAUCUCUCUCCCACAUCUAUCUAUCCACAUCUGUCACUCCCACACCAAUACACGGCACAGACCCGGGAUUACUGUGACAGUGCAAGUGUGUGCGUGCCAAUCCGUGAAUAAACACCUCCAUAUACGUAUACCCAAAUCGAAGAACGCGCCAUGAAAACCUUCAUCUUAAUGUCCUGCCUGGCCCUGGCCGCGGCGCGCCCUGAAGCUGGCUACAACUACAAUCGUCCCGGUGGCGGCGGCGGCUCUCACGGAGGCAGCAUUGGCGGUGGCGGUGGCGGUGGAUUCGGAGGCAGCUCCGGUGGCGGAUUUGGCGGUAGCUCCGGUGGUGGAUUUGGCGGCGGCUCCAGCGGCUUCGGUGGUGGAUUCGGCGGCGGCUCAGGUGGCGGCUUUGGCGGCGGUUCCGGUGGUGGAUUAGGAGGCGGCUUCGGCGGCGGUUCCGGUGGAGGCGGCGGCGGCGGCUUCGGCGGCGGAGGCAUCGGUGGUGGUUUCGGAGGCGGCGGCGGCGGCGGCGGUGGCACCACCCUGGUGCAGAAACACAUCUAUGUGCAUGUGCCACCACCAGAGCAGGAGGAAGUGCGUCAGCGUCCCAACCUGCCAAUUGGCCAGUCCCAGAAGCACUACAAAAUCAUCUUCAUUAAGGCGCCAUCUCCACCCUCGUACCAGGCUCCAGUCAUCCCUCUGCAGCCCCAGAACGAAGAGAAGACCCUGGUCUACGUGUUGGUCAAGAAGCCCGAGGAUCAGCAAGACAUUGUCAUUCCCACGCCAGCACCCACGCAGCCCUCCAAGCCCGAAGUCUACUUCAUCAAGUACAAGACCCAGAAGGAAGGCGGCGGCGGCGGUGGCAUCUCUGGCGGCAGCGGUGGCUUCACCCAGACCAACACUGGCGGCGGCUACUCAACUGGCGGAGGCGAUGGCGGUUUCUCUGGCAGUGAUAUCUCAGGUGGUGGCAUCUCGUCGCCAUCCAGCAACUACGGCCCACCCGGCAAGUCUGGCCCAUACUAAGCAGCAGCCCGGAAUAGAACUCGAAGAACACGCACCUCGAUCUAACCACAAUCGGACAAACAGACACUCACAAACUCGGUUCAAGCUGCUGACUAGUCCUGUCGUUGACGCGCUAAUACUCAACUAUUUCCAACAAACACGCCCACACUCAACACUGCAAGUGCGACUUGACCCAAAACUCUGGACGAGAAGACGUACCCAACAUCCGCUCCAGUCCCUCAUGAAUGGACGCCACUGUCGUCCAACACUUUUGUAUAUAAAAAUGUUUCCGACUUUCCGCACUCAUCAAACAUCAUUUGAUACAUCACCAUUUCCAACUCUUCCACUCACUCGCUCUCUCUCUCUCUCUCUAUCUCUGUCUAUCUCGUCUGUUUCUCUACUCCUCUCACACUUGCCUAACCCA